CCAGCUGAAAUAAUUGCUUGCCCUGGUUCUUCUGCUGCAUUCCAUUGUCCUGUCUCCCUUGUUCCCCUGUGGUCUGCAGCAUACCUCUUAAAACCCUUGCCACUCAUUUCCCAAAGCUCUCCGGGUACUCGCAUUGUUUGCACUUUCUCCCCACCUUUGCCUCCGUCUCCCUGGGCGACAAUGUUGCCUUCCAAAGCUAAAUCCGGUCUAUCUGAGGCCUUGAAUGGAAAGACUGCAUCAGCAACUCCCAAGAUCAGCAAAAUAGCCAGAAAUGGAUCCACCAAGUCAGACUCUGGGUCGCCUUCUCCUGUGCCAAAGCCAACUUCUCCUGCACCAAAGCCAUCCUCACCUGUGCCAAAGUCACGCUCUUCGAUCGAGCGAUCACCAAAGUCAGCAGAGUCGAAGCCGCCAAUCAAAACCGGUCCAACUCCUGAGAAGCUACAACGAAAAUCAAAAGGCUCGGAUCUGCAGGCGAAGUUGGAUGUCGCUGAGGAUGACUUGAAGAAAGCAAGGGAGCAAUUGGCUUUUGUCGAGCAGGAGAAGAUCCGGGCCAUUGACGAAUUGAAAGAAGCUAAGAGAUUGACUAAUGAUGCCAAUGAGAAGCUCCAAGAGGCAAUCACUGCUAAGAAGAUGGCUGAGGAGAACCUGGAAAUUGAGAAAUUUCGGGCUGAUGAACUGGAACAAGCAAACGUCGAAGCUGCACAAAAAAGGGAGGAGGAUCAUCAAAAGGAACUCGAAAGCAUUAGAAAUCAGCAUGCUCUGAGUCCUUCAACACUUCUUUCUGUGACUCGGGAACUCCAGAAGGUGAAACUUGAGCUUGCAAAUGCCACUGAUGAGAGGAACACUGCUCUGGGUGAAGCGGAUGGUGCAAAGAAAGUUGCUGAAAUGAAUGGAGAGAAGGUGGAGGUCUUGUCCAGAGAAGUGAGCCAUUUAAAAUCCCUGCUCGAUUCCAAGCUGGAUAAUAUGAACAAAGCAGCAGCAGAGAUGAUUAAGAAGUUGAAUGUGGAAAUUAAUGCUUUGGAAUUUGAACUUGAAAGAGCAAAGUCAGCUGAAGAGAAGUUACCGAAGAUAGAAGCAUUGGUUGGACAGCUCCGAAUGGAGGUUACUGAUGUAAAGAAGGCUGAAACAGAUGCACGUAAGCAAGUUGAUGAAUUGAAAAAGGUGGUGGCAUCACUAGAAACUAGGCUGAAGGAAGCCAAUAAAUCAGAGAAAACUGCAAUUGAAUCUCUUGCGAUCACAAUGAAAAAAAUGGAAGAGGGCACUGCUUUACUGCAAGAUGCUGAAACCGAGAUUGCUGUUCUUAAUGGGAAGAUAGAAUCCAUGGAGAUUAAGGUGGCCAGGUGCAAAAAUGAUGUCGAGGAAUCAGAGAGGAAUCUUGAUUUAUCACAGCAAGAGAUAGCAAGCUUGGGAAAGACAGCCGAUCUAUUAAAAAUUGAACUUAGGAAACUGGAGGAAGAGAAACUGCAGGCACUUGACAAUGGCAAGGCUGCUGCUUCAGACAUUGAGAGACUGUUGGAGGAGAGAAGCAAACUCAUUGAUGAGCUCAAGAUCAGUAAAGUUGAAGGAGAAGAGGUUAAAAAGGCAAUGGAAGGUUUAGCUUCGGCAUUGCAUGAGAUGUCCACUGAAUCCAGAGAAAAUCAAGAAAGGCUUUUAGCAAAGCAAGCUCAAAUUGAAGAUGCUCAGGGGGAGAUAGAGCAGCUGAAUUCAGAACUCAAGAACACUGAAGAUAGGUACGAGGUCAUGCUUGAUGAAGCAAGAUAUGAGAUCGUUUGCCUCAAGAAAACUGUCGAAAGAUUUGAAACUGAAACCGGCAAUUCAAGCACUGAGUGGCAAACAAAGGAGCUUAAUUUCAUUCAUUCUAUCAAAAAAUCGGAAUUUGAACUUGCUUCCCUCAAGGCCGAAAUGGCAGAGGCUGUUGACUCACUCAAAGCAGCAGAGCAAGAAGCACAGGCAGCCAAGGCGGAUGGAGUUGAGAUGUUAAGCAAAGUGAGAGAAGCAGAAUCAGUGGCAACUGCAGCUUAUGAAGUGGCAGAAGAAGCAAAGGCUGAGACUUUGCGAUUGAAGGAAAGAUUGUUGGACAAAGAGAACGAGCUGCAGAGUAUCACUCAAGAAAAUGAUGAACUCCGAAUCAGAGAAGCAUCUGCCCUACAGAAAAUUAAAGAGUUAUCCUCAUUGCCUGAGGAGGCCACAGCCAAGAGAACUGAAGAAUCAAUUAAGUUGUCAAAGUGUGGAGAGGAAUACGACCUACCGCCGAACAUUUCUCAGGAAAUGAAUGCUCAUGAGAGUGCAAUAGAAAGAUCAAAUCCAGAAGCACCUUCAUGGAUGCAUGAAAAUGGUUACGAGGAUGACCAAAAAACAGAGGAGAAUGAGAAAGGAAGCCAAAUUGAUGAAGAGGAAGAUCAUGUAGAUAAAAUGACCAAGGAUUUAGCAUCAGAAAAGGACCAUGAGGCAGAAUCACUAGAUGAUGAUUCAGAAUCUAAGAUGGAUGGUGGUAGCUAUGAAGACAUAAAUGGUAUGACAGAGAGCAUGGACUUGGGAUCAACCUCACCCACCAAGAACCAGCAGCAAAAGAAGAAGAAAGCUUUGCUGCACAAGUUUGCGAACCUGAUGAAGAAGAAGGGCAGCCACAAAAGCCAUAAGUAACUUUGGUGCUCCAUUAAAGGUAUAUCACAUUCUGCUGUCAUAUUGUAUUGUGCUUUGAGGCUUCCACAUGGUUUGGAUUUUUCUGAUGCUCACAUUUAUUUUGCUAGACUUAUCUGAAAUCCUGUCACCACCAUAACAUUGUAAUUCUGUUUGAUGAGAAUUGCACUUUAGAUUCGCCUCCCAAUACUAAUAGAGAAAGCACACAUGGUGCAUCUUUUACAUCCAAUGAACUCCCAUGUAAUUGUUCCCUCACAAUGCUUCAUGGUAAUGGCUUUCUUUUCUCA